UGCUUGUUGGUUCUAAAAAGACAGAACGCAUGGUGCAUCAUGGCAGUUGCUAAUUUAGAGGUUAAAAAAAAUCAACCUACGUUGAAAAAACUAUCUAAAAAGGGUGCCAAAAAAUCUAAUAAAAGUAAUGCGGACGUCUUGUUAUUAGAACAAGAAUUAAAAUUUGCUAAAGUUCUUGCGGGCAAUGAUAAAAAACUACGUGACAGAGUAUUAAAAAAUUUAAGAAAAUGGUUAGGUUAUCGAUCACAGAGUUCAUUUCGUUUCAAAGAAGAAGAUUUUAUGAGGAUCUGGAAAGGUUUAUUUUAUUGCAUGUGGAUGUCAGAUAAACCUCUUAUACAAGAAGAACUCGCAGAUAAUAUUAGUACACUAAUUCACAGUUUCACAAAUAUUAAUGAUGCUAUUUUGUUUUUCGAUUGCUAUUUAAAAACCAUGGUUCGUGAAUGGUUUGGAAUUGACAUGCAUCGCUUGAAUAAAUUUAUGAUGUUUGUGAGAAGAAUGCUUCGACAAUUUUUAGUUGCUGUAGAUCACCAUAAAUGGAAAUCAGAGAUACUAGAAGAGUUUGAAUCUGUUUUGACAAAAACAUUAUUUCAACAAAAUAACGCUAUGGGUUUAGUGUUACAUUUUAUUGAAAUUUUCAUGGAAGAGCUUGCAAAGGCAUCUAAGGGAGAAAUACAACCUAAAUCAGUAACAGCAUUAUUAAAACCUUUUGCUGUAUUUCUUGCUGAAAAUGUAGAUGCCCGUGUAGGCGAGCAUAUUUCACAGAAUAUAUUUUUGAUGCUAUUGCAGCAGUCUGAUGCAGGAAUCGAGUACCAAGAAAAAUUUGAAGCUUGGAAAAGGCAAGGAUUUCCUGGAGGUAGCAUUGAUUGUAUGCAAAAAGUGGAAAUUGAUGGAUCUGAAGAUGAUGAAGAAUUAAGCGAAAUUCUUAACGAAAAUCUUGACAUUUCUUCAGCUGCCCAAGAUCCUCGUGCUGGUCAUGUUGACGUUGUUUUACCUCAAAUUCAAUUUGACGCUUCUUCUAUUAGUGAUAUGCUAGAUGGUCUAAUUUUUGGUCCAAAGACUAGUGUUAAGAGCAGAAAACAACUACGAUAUCUAGUUCAAAAAUUUAAAAAAUUCAACGAAGGAGAAUUUCCACUUGGACUUAAAAAAAUUAGUAAAUGUGAUAUGAAAAAACUUGAUGUGAAAAAAGCUGCAUCUGAAUUAGAAAAAUUUGAACAAGAAUUGUAUGCAGAUAGUUCUAAGAAUAAAAAAAGAAAGAAAAAUAUUGUAACUGGGAAUGAACCCAUAAAACAGUCUGACAAAGCAAAUGUGUUGUCUGAUCAGAAGAAAAACACGAUUGCAAAAAAACGUAAAUCCAAUGAACUCCUUAUAAAUGGUGUAAAUAAAAAGGUUAAAAGAAGCAGUAACGAAUGGAAAGUGGAAAGUUUACCUAAUUCUAAAACCACAUUAAAUAAUUCUGCGACUCCUAGCAUUAAUGGUUCAGUAUUAGACAUCUCAUCUGAAAAUGUUACUUCAACACCAGAGCAAAGUAAAACAAAUAAAAAUAAAAAAACUAAAUUGAAAAAGGCUGUAGAUAAAUCUAAUGAGAAGAUACUACAUAUUUCAACAGAUAAUAUUAAUCCGACAACAAAACCCCCAAUUAAGUUGGAAAAUAAGCUAUCAAAAAGUGAAAAUAAUUUGAGCAUUUCAAAGAAACACAGUUUAUUAAAUAGAAGAACAGAUAAUGGAAAAACUAAGCCAAUUAAGAAUAAAUUGAAGAAAACAAAUAAUCAAACAAAUGAGAAAAACAUACAUGAGGUUAAUGAAUCAGCUUGGGAUGAACCAUUAAAGGAAGGUGAAAUUGAAUAUUUUGUUCCAUUUCGAAAAACUGUGGCACAAAAAACAGUUGUCCCUGAAAAAGAAGAGUCUCCCUUAAAAACCAACAACCCUAUUUCAAAUAAGAGAAGGAAUUCAUUGCCAGAAAACUUAAAUGUCAAGAAAAAAGAAAAACUGCUCCUAAACCCGUUUGCUGUGGCAUCAUCAAAAAACCCGUUAGUUCAAGCAGAGACUCCCAAAAGUAAAAUGAAAAUCAGCUUUGUGUGACACCUAAAAAUUUAAAUUUGUUAAAUAAAUCAGUAACAUCUUCAGAGAAACGUGUGAAAAUUGUGCUCAAAAGAAAUUGUUCACAAAAUACAGAAGACUAUGUUCAACAAUUACGUAGCUCUCCUCAAAUUCCAUACGAUUCAGAAAAAAAGCCAUUAAAAACUUCUCUAAAACCUAGUGUUGGACCUAGUCGUAUAAAUCCAUAUUAUAAAUUCCAAGAUGAGAAACAUAAAUAAUUUUAUAGCUGAAUUUGACUGAAUCAAUUUAAAUUUGAAUGACUUGUCAUCAUUAGGAAAAGUUAUUAGUAAUUUAAAUUUGACACAGUUAUUGAAAACACUUAUGACAAAAUAAACAAGUUGCUAUGAAAAAUCUUUGAACGGUGAGGUAAAGUUUUUGCUAUAAAAAUGAAUUUGUUCUUUUUUUCUUUCCAGAUUAUAAACAUUAUUUUUUCA